GAGAGGCGAAGCAGAGCGCAGCGGUCAUGGGGUGGCUCAGCCUGCCGUCGUUCCUGCGCUGCGGCAACAAGGAGGAAUUCACAUUAUCCACUGAGAAAAUUGCCGAUAAAGACGAUGAGAAUUCUGAACGGGGAAACUGGUCAAGUAAAACGGACUACCUCCUCUCUAUGGUUGGCUAUGCUGUCGGCCUGGGCAACGUGUGGCGGUUUCCAUACCUGACCUAUCAGAAUGGCGGAGGAGCCUUCUUGAUACCAUACACCAUCAUGCUGGCACUGGCUGGACUGCCUUUGUUCUUCUUGGAAUGUUCCCUUGGGCAGUUUGCCAGCUUGGGACCGGUUUCCGUGUGGAGGAUUCUCCCCCUUUUCCAAGGAGUGGGAAUCACAAUGGUGAUCAUCUCAACCUUUGUGACCAUUUAUUACAACGUCAUCAUUGGCUACAGUCUCUACUAUCUCUUUGCCUCCUUCCAAAGUGUGCUCCCUUGGACAGAAUGCGACCCAGCUUGGGCUGACCCAAUGUGCAGCAAGACACCAAAAGGACAUUGCAAUAUAACGGGUCCACAUCACUCCAUUAUACCUGUCAAUUACACUUGGGCCAUGAGCAACAACCAGUCUUGCAUCAAUGGAUCCUUAGUGUUUGAGAACACCCAGGUUCCGAGCGAACAGUACUGGAACAAACAGGUCCUUCGGCGAUCAGACGGACUGAACGACACUGGAGAGAUCGUAUGGUACCUAGCCCUCUGCCUUCUCCUUUCCUGGCUGAUCGUUGCAGUGGCCUUGUUCAAAGGGAUAAAGUCUUCAGGAAAGGUUGUCUACUUCACAGCCAUCUUCCCCUACGUCGUCCUGGUUAUAUUGUUGGUACGCGGCACAACGCUGGAAGGCGCUCGAGAGGGCAUCGAGUAUUACAUUGGGUCUCAAUCUAAUUUCACCAAACUCACGGAGGCAGAGGUCUGGAAAGAUGCGGCAACCCAAAUUUUCUUCUCUCUGUCUGUUGCAUGGGGCGGGUUGGUCGCCCUCUCCUCAUACAAUAAAUUCAACAAUAACUGCUAUUCGGACGCCAUUUUUGUCUGCGUGGUCAACUGCCUCACCAGCGUCUUCGCUGGCUUUGCCAUCUUCUCCAUCUUGGGACACAUGGCCUUCACGGCAGGCAAGAAAGUCUCAGACGUAGUAGAUUCAGGUUUCGACCUGGCGUUUGUUGCCUAUCCAGAGGCUCUUUCCAAGCUACCGGUCGCUCCUCUCUGGUCCUUCCUGUUCUUCUUCAUGCUUUUGCUCUUGGGUCUCGAUUCCCAGUUUGCUACCAUAGAGACCAUCACAACCACCAUUCAAGAUAUCUGUCCCAAACUAAUGAAGAAAAUGAGGAUUCCAGUGACCCUGGGUCUGUGCAUGCUGUUGUUUCUGCUUGGCCUUGUGUGUGUCACCCAGGCAGGAAUUUACUGGGUCAACCUGGUGGACCAUUUCUGUGCUGGCUGGGGGAUCCUUUUUGCAGCUGUCCUUGAGCUGGCAGGAAUUUGCUGGAUUUAUGGCGGAAACCGAUUUAUCCUAGACAUAGAAAUGAUGAUCGGAAAGAAAAGCUUCUUCUUCUGGAUAUGGUGGAGAACGUGCUGGUUUUUCAUCACUCCUUGUCUUCUGCUUGCAAUUUUGGUUUGGUCUUUGGUCACUUUUGAACCCCCGAAGUACGGCAGCGUAGAAUACCCCGGUUGGGGUUCUGCGGUCGGCUGGUGUAUGAUCUCAUUCUGCCUGAUUUGGAUCCCCGUCAUGGCCGGUUACAAAAUAGCCAAAGCACAAGGGAGUUUGUGGCAGCGUAUUGUCACCUGCUGCAGGCCCCAACCCAACUGGGGUCCCGCCCUGCAGUGCCAUCGCGGGGAAAGGUACAGCCACAUGGUCGACCCGGAGAAGGAACACGAUAUGGAGAUCCCAACCGUGGAUGGCUACAUACACAAGCUGGACUGA